CGAUCUCGCCGCGGCCUCGGUUGCCCUCCCCCGAUCCGCCUCCCUUGCAUCUCGCGCCAUCGGGAAUCGUGAUGCCCCUCGAGGACUCGAUUCGGACCCAUCUGCUUGCCCGAAUCGCUGCCUGCGUCCGCCUGCAAGAGCUUCCACCGGGCGUCCUGGAGCGUCUCCGGCUCAAGGGAUCUGCUCAACUCGCCAUCAAUCUCUGCAGACUUCAUGACCACCUCUCCAAGCAGCCCAGCCAGUGCCCGGCGCAAACGGUCGACGGUCUUGCCUCUGCACUGGUGCAGUGUACCCUUUGGCCGCAAACCAACCGGCACCGAUCUGAGGGGAUGGAUUACGGCCAACUACUGUGCCCGCGCCCUCCGAGCCAUGGGAUACAGUGUCGUCUGCGAACCAAGAUGUGAGAUCUGGAGCGCCGAUACGGAAGUGCUCUUGGCUGAACUGGAUCAGCCCAUGGCCUCAGCUCCCUCAACGACAGACCCAUCGACGGAAUCCUCGACGGCGCUCCAUAACGUGGUCAUCCCGAGUGCCUCUGUCGAGCCGACGCAGCGCCCCGCUGGGAAGUAUCUCCGUCGCCUCUUCCACGGCGAUGUACAAACCCGUAUGCACUGGGAACAUCUCUGGAGCAGAUGGAAGGACGAGACACAAGCCAUAUUCUGUGCAUACAACCUCUCGCUCUCGAUCGAAGCCGAUGCUCUCGCUCACAGCCACGCGACAGUCCAGUCCAGGCUCGAGCAAUUGCCCGAUGUGUUCCAGCACGAGUCCAAGUUGAUCUUGGAUAUGACAACGCACGGGCUCGGUAGGAUGGUAUUGCGCGAUAGUGCCAACGAUAUCGACGAUGCGGCAUCCUUUCAGUUCGCGGCCGAUGUCGCCCAACUGCUCGAUCAGCAGAGCAAGGCCAGCCGUCGGGUUCAUCUCUGUGAACACAGUAAGGAGUACUACUGGAAGCAAUGCGCCAAGGCUGCGGACUUGUUCAGCAAGUACCAUAAAUCAACAACUCUGGCGCCGCUUGCUCGAACAUUGAAUGACGCCGUCGCAGCAGCUCCAUCGACGCCUCGCGCGCUUCCAUCGCAUGUUGCGUUCGCAUCUCUGGCGCAGUUUGACCACCCAACGACCGCGGCCGAUGGGUUGUUCGGCUGCCUCGAGCGAGCAAGCAAGCACAUGUUCGGCAUUUGCAUGGACCGGACAUACGACGACAUUGAUGCAACCAACAGUGGCCGAGAGUCUGAUUCUGUCCGCGACGCCGUCGGUGGACUCUCACAGAUCUCACGGCUUUCGGAGUCGCUUGGACUCUCGGUCAUCGUCAUGCAAAUCCUAUCAUUCAAACGCUCCAGGAGCGUCAAGUUUGAGUGGACAGAGCUCCUGGACCACGACGGUAGCUCUGGUGUCUAUUGCCAGUAUACUCAUGCAAGGCUCUGCGGAAUUGAACGGUACUGCGGCGUGGCUGUGGACCUUGACGCCGAUCUGGAGCCCCUCGCCCAGUCGCCUGAAGCCCUGGCGUUGGCGCUUUUGCUGGCGCAGUAUCCCAAGAUAUUCAUCCAGGGUAUCUUCAAUAUGGAGGCAUCGUCGCUGGCUGCAUUCCUCGUCAACGUUGCAAGCCAAGUCUCGUCAUGCAACUAUGGCAUGCGAAUCAAGGGGCAGACCCAGGCGGUUGCCCAGGCCCGGCUGAGAGUGUUGGGUGCUGCCAAGGCAGUGUUGCGGCAUGGCCUGGAGGUGCUGGGCCUGGAUGCCGUUGUCGAAAUGUAAGCGGCCGAAUAGAACAGCAGACGUCACUCCAGGUAUGCAACAAAACGAUCAGAGUGCGAACUUGUUGCAUAGCGCAUAAAGUACGGCCAAACUGUCGUCGCUAUCUGCAGCUGAGUCGACGACAGUUGCAGCUUGUUCAGAACGAGACAGGACUGUGCCCGUUUGCGUCCUUUCACGAUUCAGCACUGCUUGUUGGUCUGGGAAGUACACGUUAUUCAGAAAAAAACGGGACAACACAGCCGUUUCCAUGAACAUGUAGUAUGUGAUGUGCUUGCAUCAAGCAAAGCCAUAAGAAAUAAACAGAUCACUUUGGCAGCCUCCAAGUGAAUACCA